AGCUAAUGUGUGGAAUUUGACGUGACGGAAAGGGAGAUGGUGGUUGUUGUUGUACGGGGAAGGGGGAGUACUGUGAGGGUGGGCGGGUCCGAAUACCCGCCCAAACAACAGAUUUUUAUACCAGAUUCCAAUAAUUGAAACGGGUCCGGAUGAUCUAUUGAAGGCAGAACUUAUCCAGCCACUCUAUCCAUAUUCCAAACAACACAACCCGACAGAAAACUGAAAGAAAGAGAAAGAUGAUAGUGGCAAAUAAUGGUUUGGGCUUGAAUAUGAAUAUGAUUCAUACAACUUCCGCACCCCAAUUGAGGCCUUUCCACUGCUUAGAUUUCUCAGUCAAGAAAUCUAACAGUUUGAGUUUUGUUUUGGCUUGUUGGACUUCGAAUUCCGCUUCGCCUUCCAAAAACAAAAACUCUAAAAACCCGAAAUCUUUCUGUUGUCUCUGCAGCAAUAGUAACAAUAGCGAUACUAAUAAUAAUAAUAAUAAUAAUUCUUCUUGUUUGGGAUGGGAUUGGAAUCGAGGGACUCGCCACUUCUCUGAAAUUGAACAAGCUGAGAGCUAUGCUUCUGUUCUAAAGCCUCAACCGCAUAUGAGAAGACACAGUAAGCUGAUGGAGUUUCCACAUCUAUCCGCCUCGCAUAAAGAAUUGAUGGCUGGAAUCAUCUCAGCCCUGGAGACUCGCCUUCAAUCUGAGCUUCUUCCUUCUUCAGUCGUCCCUCCAGACGUUGAGUAUUAUCAGAAUGAGACAGGCCUUUCUCAAGGCACUCUUCACAUCAGGCGUGGUCUUCAAUCCUCUCAUAUUGAUUUCAUGCUAGCAAGUUGGCUACACUUGCAGCAACCAAACGGAGGAGGCGCCAUGAACGUAACCAACCUUCAAGUUUACCUCAAACCAUCAAUUAAUGUUCCGCACUUUCAACUAGAGCUUGUUCAAUGCACCCCUUCAUAUAUGAUUUUCUUUGUCGAUUUAACUCCUCGAAAGGACCUCGUUCUCAAUCCGGAUUACCUCAAAACCUUUUAUGAAGAAACUCAACUCGAUGUUUACAGGCAAAAACUCGACCAAGUCCCCGAAAUCAAACCCUACUUCUCAUCAUCUCUGUAUUUUCGUGGCGUGGUGUCACCCACGGGGAUUCUGGUGAGCAUAAAGUGUGAGGAUGGUGAUGGUGGAAAAGAUCGUUGUGAAGAGAUAAUCAGAGAGAACGUGAGUCCUAUUGCUUAUGAGGUUAUGCGGAUAUGGAUGGAUAAAUAUUUAUAUUUUGUUGGGGAAAGAAUGAGUGUGAGUGAAAUUGAGAGAGGUGAAAUGGAAAAGAGGGAUGGUUUGAUUAAAAGAAGGGCUAUAGAGAUGGAUCUCAGCUUGAUGAUGCCCAAGCAGUUUGGAGAUGAAGUUGGCAACCGGGUUUUGGGAUUUAUUAAAGAUGUUUUCAACGUAUGAAUAUAUAUAUAUAUAUUGGUGUGUUCAUUGC